CUCUCUCUCUCUCCACAUUUCUUACUCUUGCUCUAGGGUUUGAUAUUCUUCCACUAUUUCCCCCAUUUCUUACUCUUGCUCUAGGGUUUGAUAUUCUUCCUCUAUUUUUCCAUUUCUCACUCUUGCUCUAAGAUUUGAAAUGAUUUAUUCAGUUUAAUUUUCUGUUGAUUUCUUAAAUGGAUUUGGUUUAAUUGGUUUGAUUUCUAGAGUUUUAUGGGUUUAAUGUUGUAUGGGUUUGAUUUUGUAUGAAUAGGUUUGUGUAUGAUUCAAAAUGUCCAAGGCAGCAGUAGAUGUUCCUUUGAAGGGUGGAUUUAGCUUUGACCUGUGUAGAAGGAAUGAAAUGCUCUCGAAGAAAGGUCUCCAGGCUCCGAAGUUUCUCAAGACUGAUGGAGUCAUCCUUGGAGUGGAUACAAGAGCCACUGAAAGGCCCAUUGUUGCUGAUAAGAAUUGUGAGAAAAUCCAUUUUAUGGUACCCAACAUUUACUGCUGUGGAGCAGGCACUGCUGGUGAUACAGAGGUAGUGACAAGUAUUUCCAAGUUUAAUUUCUAUAUCAAAAUAUAUGUAUUUGUUAAGCUUUUACAGCACUACAUCCAUUUUGAACUAAGUUUCUAAAAUAUUGUUGUUCUAGACAUGUUCAGUUCCCAAUUGCAACUACACAGGUACCAUACUGGUCAAGAAUCAAGGGUUGUAAUGGCUCUUACCCUUUUAAAGUCCCAUCUUUUUAGGUAAGGUUACAUAAUCCAAGGUUUGUUUUUCUCAACAAUAUCGGUACUUUUUGUGUGAAAAGAUUACAAUGCAAAAAGGCCUGAUUCUUUUUUGCUUAA